AUGAAGAGACUUUUGUUGCUGGUCGCGAUUUUCGCCCUGGUGGUUGCUGACGACGACAAUGACGCAACUGAUGGCGUCGAGAGUCGUUCCAGAAGCAAAGCUCAGUCGGGCAAGAAGGAAUCCAGAUUCUUUGGAGGAUUAGGAGGUUUUGAUCCCGUUGGAGGAUUGGGAGGAGGAUUUGGAUUGGGUGGCGGUCUUGGAGGACUGGGUGGAGGAUUUGGAGUUGACCCAUCACUUGCAGGAGGAUUUGGAUUCAACCCAGCUCUUUCAGGUGGAUUUGGAGUAAACCCUGGCUUCGGAGGAGUAAAUCCUGCAUUUACUCCUGUGGCUCCUCCCUCCACAUGCCGCUACUGGUGCAGGACACCCGAGGGUCAGGCCUACUGCUGUGAGAACAUCAACCAGCCACAGAGUGCUGCUGGUGUAGUCAAACCGGGAUUCUGUCCCCCCGUCCGUCCAGUGUGCCCUCUCAGGAGCUUCCAGCCACCUUUCACUUGCUCUAACGACGGCGCUUGCGGAGGCAUCGACAAAUGCUGCUUCGACAGAUGUCUCGGCGAGCACGUGUGCAAGGCUCCUCUGGGCAUUGGGCGAUAGAUAAUAUGUGUUAAUUGCAGGCGUUUGAUGAAAUUCAUCAGUACCUUUGCGAGGUAGGAUGAUUUCAUUGCCUUUUCUCAUAUGUAAAAAAUGUAA